AAGUUCCGCCACUUUUCAAUUUUAACUUCAAUUAAUUUUCUCCGAAGUCGCCACUGUUUUGAGAAUUCCUUUUCUUUAUACCCUUCCUUGUCUUUUAUAUAAAAUUCUAUAUCAAUUUGGUCAUUGUAACAUUUCAUUUGUUGAAUGAAUUUCACGAGCAGAAGAUUAUGAUUUGCGAAAUAGAUGAUGAAGUGUUGAUGCAAUUUCAUUUGCUUUAAUAUACCUUUUUCAUUGUCUUUCGUUGUAUGUAUAUUUUAUUUUAUUUUAGUUAGCUUGUUUCAUGAUACAUGUUUUAGGUUUUAAAAAUUUAAUUUCGAAAAUUUUGGGUUAUUUUAGGUCAAAUUUGUGCGAAAAAUGUGUGACUAAAGUCGGUAGUUAGUUUUGGAGCUCCAUUUAAUUAUGAUACAGAUUAAAAUUUCGAUUUGAAAAAGAAUUGAGUAGUUAUUGGGAGUUAACUUUGAAAUUGCGUUUAUAUAAUGGUAUUGAUUUCUAACAUUACUAGUAGAAAUUAUUGGUAGUUACAUUACAUACAUCGUAGCUGAAUUUGUGCAUGUUAGGGUUCUUUUCUGGUUAUGCUAAAAAGGAACAACAUUCACACAGUGUAGCUACAAUGGUGGAAAAUGACUAUUUCCCACCUUGGUUUAGUGUAGCUCCAAUGAUGGAUUGGACAGACAAUCAUUAUCGAACUCUUGCACGCCUCAUAUCAAAACAUGCUUGGCUUUAUACGGAGAUGCUUGCGGCUGAAACAAUUGUUUAUCAAAAGGGUAAUCUGGUCUGUAUAAUUCAAGUGAUGACAACUUCCAUACAACCAUAGCCAAUUUGUGAAGGGAUGUCAGCCAUGGCGGAUUUUUAGCCUUCCGCCAUCGACAACACUCUGGGCAUGUGUGUGUGCAGCGAUAGAUUCUUGUCAUAUUCUCCAGACCAACAUCCUAUUGUGCUUCAAAUCGGAGGCAGUAAUUUAGAGAAUUUGGCGAAAGCAACCAAACUUGCUUAUGCUUACGACUAUGAUGAGAUAAACUUCAAUUGUGGAUGCCCUAGUCCUAGAGUAGCUGGACGUGGAUGCUUUGGCGCACGUCUUAUGCUUGAACCAAAGUUUGUUGCGGAGGCUAUUUCAGUAAUUGCGGCCAAUACAAAUGUACCUGUAACUGUCAAAUGUCGAAUUGGUGUAGAUGAUCAUGAUUCAUACAAUGAACUAUGUGAUUUCAUUUACAAGGUUUCCUCUCUAUCACCUGCUAGGCAUUUCAUAGUCCACUCAAGAAAGGCACUGCUUAAUGGCCUCAGUCCAGCUGAAAAUCGUAGUAUUCCGCCACUGAAAUAUGAAUACUUUUAUGGCCUCUUGCGCGACUUUCCUGACUUAACAUUUACAAUCAAUGGUGGUAUUACUAGUAUUGAUGAGACCAAUGCAGCUCUAAAGGCAGGUGCUCAUGGUGUUAUGCUUGGACGUGCUGCUUACCACAACCCUUGGCAUAUUUUGGGAAACGUUGAUGCUGCAAUUUAUGGUGUUCCAAGUAGUGGUCUUACACGCCGUCAGGUCCUUGAAAAAUAUCAAGUAUAUGGAGACUCUGUGUUGCAACAAUAUGGACUUGGACCAACUAUGCGAGACAUUGUGAAGCCUUUACUUGGUUUUUUCCAUUCUGAGCCUGGGAAUGGACUUUGGAAGCGCAAAGCAGAUUCUGCUUUCCAAACUUGCACGACAGUAAAAUCAUUUCUUGAAGAAACUCUUGUAGCAAUUCCAGACUCGGUCUUGGAUUCAUCAUUUGUGAAGUCACCGCCUGGUCGUGGAGAUCUUUUUGCUAACAUUGGUAGUUUAUUGCCUCCACCAUAUAGAACAAGAGAUGAGGAUGCUGUGUAAAACUAUUAGUUAUCUGUUAUAUGCAAAUAACUUAAAAUGUAAUCCAUUAUAUGAAGAAAGUUGAAGUAACAAAAUUAGAAGAUUACUGUUCUUUUUGGCUUGUUUUUACGGUUAA